AUGGUAGAGGGUCCCGGUUGUACUUUAAAUGGAGAGAAAAUUCGAGCACAAGUGCUGCUGGGCCAGGCGGUGAUGGACAUGAGGGGAAGUGCUCUACAGGGCCUGGCGGGUCAGGACUUGCCACCCACAGCCCCGGGUGCUGCCAUUUCUUCUCAGGCUGCUGCACUGAAUAAUAAAGAUUCAAGCAAGAAUUUCCUGAGACUGUUUAAUGGAUAUACUUACAGUGGUGUGGAAACUUUGGGGAAGGAGCUCUUUAUGUACUUUGGACCAAAAGCUUUACGGAUUCAUUUUGGAAUGAAAGGCUCCAUCAUGAUUAAUCCACCCCGGAUGAAAAGUAAACAUGGAGUUUCUCUUGUUUUUGAAGUGCAGCUCACUAAAGAUUUGAUUUGUUUCUUUGACUCAACAGUAGAAGUCAGAAACUCAAUGGAAAGCCAACAGAGAAUAAGAAUGAUGGAAGAACUAGAUGUGUGUUCACCUAAAUUUAGGUUUUCAAGAGCAGAAAGUGAAGUUAAAAAGCAGAGCGGUCGCAUGCUAUGUGAUGUGUUGCUGGAUCAGAGAGUGUUGCCUGGCGUAGGAAACAUCAUCAAAAAUGAAGCACUCUUUGACAGUGGUCUCCACCCAGCUGUUAAAGUUUGUCAGUUAUCAGAUGAACAAGCCCUUCACCUUGUGAAAAUGAUACGAAAUUUCAGCAUUUUAUUUUACAGGUGCAAUAAAGCAAGGUCUGCUAUCUCUAAACACUAUAAGGUUUAUAAGCUUCCUAAUUGUGGUCAGUGCCACUGCAAAAUUAUUGCAUGUCGCUUAGGGGAGAAUAACAGAAUGACAUAUUUCUGCCCUCAGUGUCAGAAAGAAAAUCCUCAACAUGUUGACAUAAGCAAGCUGCCAACUAGAAAUACUAUCAUCAGCUGGACAUAUAACAGGAGGGAUAUUGUUGACUCUGUGGCUCAGAAAUCUGAAGAGCAAUGGGCGUGUGCAGUCUGCACACUAAUCAAUAAGCCUUCUUCUAAGGCAUGUGAUGCUUGCUUGACUUCAAGGCCCAAUGAUUCAGUGCAGAAGAAUGAAGAAAAUUCUAUUGCAUUUAAUAGCUUAGUGAAGUAUCCUUGUAAUAACUUCGGGAAACCAAAUACAGAAGUCAAGAUCAACAGGAAAACUGCCUUUGGAACUACAACCCUUGUCUUGACUGAUUUUAGCAAUAAAUCCAGUACUUCAGCUAGAAAAAACGUCCAAAACCAGAUACUAGAUAGAGAAUUGUGUAACUCUCCUCCCACUAAUGUUUGUCUCAGUGAUACACAGCACUUCUCUAAGGAAAGAAUAAACCAUAUAACUCAACUACCUAACAAAGUAAACAUAUCAUCUACAGUCGGCUCUCAAUCUAAAUUAUUUAGUCCAGCACAUAAAAAAUUGAAGACAGCCCACUCAUCACCAGAUCUCAAAAGUUGUAAGCCUGAAUUUUCAAACAGUGAACUUCCAAUUAAUGUGACAGAUGGCACUUGUGCGUUAAGCACUGGCAGUCCUCGCUGCAAUAAACACAACCGCCUCUGCGUUCUCCGAAUUGUGAGGAAGGAUGGCGAAAACAAGGGCAGGCAGUUUUAUGCAUGUCCUUUACCUGGAGAGGCACAGUGUGGAUUUUUUGAGUGGGCAGAUUUGUCCUUCCCAUUCUGCAACCAUGGCAAACGCUCGAUCAUGAAAACAGUGCUGAAGAUUGGACCUAAUAAUGGACGGAAUUUUUUUGUGUGUCCUCUUGACAGGGAAAAACAGUGUGGUUUUUUCCAGUGGGCCAAAAAUGGCCCAGGAAUAAAAAUUAUUCCAGGAUGCUAA